ACCACUUGCGGUCGAACACAAAUAUUACCUGUCGGAUAGUUCUGUACAUCGCGUAGAACCAAGAAAGGAUGAACCUGACCCACUAACUAACAUUAGUCAUCGCUACUUCCUUUAAUCCUUUUACAUCUACGUACUACUACUAGUACGGAACAGCGCUAUUUCGAUAGUGCUCCCGUUAAGCCAAGGGAUGGCUUCACGAGUGACCAUAUUGCACACAGCAUGCUUUCUCGCAUUACUGCACAGCUGUUUUGGCGAUGUAUACUUUCACAACCCCAAGGGAUCUAACAAUCGCUUAAAUGAGAAGUCUGCAGCUAGGACCAAUGCAAAUAGAGUAUUUGAUUCUCAGGAAAUAUUUCCAAAGCGGGACCUUCAAGCAGUAUGGCGACGGAGAGGCGCAAAGCUAUUUAACUCUUGAGUGGACUAAUCAGCAUGGCUGUGGUGGUGAUGAAGACACUGAUCCUCACAAGCAGAAUUGUAACAUCGUUCUGCAGUACAUGUGCCAGGAUGAGGAUGUUUCUGGUGCCACGGAGAAGCUACGAGAUGGCGUCAACACCAAUACACAGAAAUUCACUGCACUGAAGAAAAAAGACGAGAAUCUGACACAGAAAAAAGCACGACAAGCUGCUGAUGUUGACGUCAACAUGGCAUACCACGAAACCUGGGAGUGGUACGACAAAUGCCGCAACAGGGAGCGAUGCAAAGGUCUAUUUACUGCCGAUCAGCAGCUCACAACCAACAAUGGGCUAGGUUACAGUGGCGCCAUCUAUACCAGACAAAAUAAAAAUGGCAACAGGCGUGGAUACGAGUGUCCUGAGGAGAGAGAUUACUACCCUUAUUGGCAUCCGACCCCGUGGAAAGAUAUUGCAAUACUACCAAUCAAUAUGUCGUUAUGCAGCUACCAUGAGAAGGAGAGCUUUAAUGUCGUUCCACGAUAUGAAUGCCUGGAGCUGUACGUUGGAACAAAAACUAUUAGGCACUGGUCUCGCUGGAACAAUGAAAAUGAUUGCAAAACGAAUGGAGGGCAGUGGACUCCAUUCUAUAACUAUUUGGAGAAGGCACCAGCAUAUAAAAACGAGGCCACUUGUAAACAGCAAACUAAGAAUGGCUACACCUACAUAUGGGGUAGACCUCUCGGCGAAUAUACGGAACAAUGUCUAGUGGCGCUGGAUGCCCCUGAAUGCAAGGCUGCUCCAUGGACCAGGUCUAAUCACCUGGGUAACACGAAAGGAGGCAGAGCAAGCAACUAUACUUGGACUCUUCCAUUCUUCCCUUCUGGAAAUACCAAACAGUGUGUUGUGCGCAUUAGGUAUAACAUAUCGACGGACGACUACGAUCCGUUCAACACGAACUCCAGCCAGAAUCACAACAAACAGGCCGGCAUCGUGUCGCCCAUACAGCAGAACCCCCUGGUGGACAUCGGAGCGGGGAACACGCCGCUGCAGCUCGCCAUCAACACGGCGCAGUUCGGAAGGACGUUCCAGGACCGCUCGCACGUGUUCGAGUUGCGGCCACGUCCGAGCGGACUGGAGAAGCAGAGGAUUUACAAUCUGAACGUCCGCGGCAAGCGAGGCAACAUAGUGCAGGUUUACCCAGCAGUAGAAUACGAUUUCAUUCCGAAUGAUCUACACGUCACUACAGCCGACCUUGUUCAUGUCCAGUGGACAGGGUCGAAUACCCACAACAAUGCAGCUCCGGGGGGUGAUGGCCAAACAGGGGACGCUGGUGAAGGGAAGUCUGGCACAGAUAGGAACAACAUAGUGCAGCUAAAUAAACUCAGCGAGAAUUUCCCCGUACCAUAUGAGAAUUCAACGCUGUGGGAGAACGCGAAGAUUGCGUGGAUCUACCACGGUAAAAAGAACGUCUCGCCGAUGGACCUAGCUCUCAACAUGGCAUCAUCAGGACGCUACAGGUGCUUCACUGCCAAGGACUGCCCCGGUCAGAAGCACGCCAAGUACAUCUUUGGCGUUGGUUUGAAGAUGAGCUCGACACUGGAUGACGCGCCUGCCAGCUACGAGGGGGCAAUGCUGCGAUUCAACAAGGGAACCUACUACUACGCAUGCUCACGAAACAACAACUUCACCAACCGCAGCCAGAAGGGCACUCUCGUCGUUAAGUAGUUGGAAGUCGUCUGAGGAAAUGGAAGUAUCGUAGAACGCCUGGAUUAGUUUCAUUAUUGUCUUGUAUGCAAUUGUAAGCCAGUGUGUUAGUACUGCAUAGAAAAGACAUUUAGCUCUGUAUACGUACAGAAAGUGAAAUACCUCUGUUUACUACUUAUAUGAUACACAUGGUCAUGUAUUGCUGUUGCUGUUCACAUAGUACUGCAUAGAAAAAGCAUUUAGUAGGUCUGUAUACGUACAGAAAGAGAAAUACCCCCAUCUGCUACGUAUAGGAACAAAUGAUAAACGCAUAGUCGUAUAUAUGAGGCACAUUGGACACUGCUCAAACUUGUAAAUAUAUAUGAAUAUGGCAUUCUCAGAAGAUAGCCCAUUGAGAGAACUGUUCAGAACAUGCCAAAAGAUUCCAUUCCGCUAAACUGUAAAGGUAAUUCUAAUGUGAUAAAUCAAUUUUCAGCUAUGCAACUGUGUGAUGAAGUUUAUAUUUAUAAACUUGCAUAAUAUUUAUUUUUUUAACAUAUAACAAGCUAUUACAAAUGUUUUAUAUUGUUUUAAUAAUCAGUAAGUAAAUCUUCUUUGCAAAUUGUGCCCUACUAAUUCACUUGACCACAACUAUUUUAUAUGGUUAUGUGUUUACGUGAAACAAAAUGUUUAUUGUUUAGUUUUUUUAAGCACUGUGUAGUUUUAAAAAUAAAUCAGAUAAUUAUAGUAAUAGUUUCAAAAAUAGAGGCAUUGUGCACUGAAAGGUAGGAUUGGUACGGUAUUGUCUGAUUAACACUUAUACUUUCAACUGAAAUAACAUCAUAACUAAAAGUGAUUUAAUAAUAUCAAGAGCUAAUAAUACCUUAUUAUUAGCUCUUGAUAAUAAUUAUGUAUUAAUGUUGAUUAGUGAGCAGCAAUGUCAUGUGUUGAUAUUGAAUAUAAGCUGCAAAAUGUGUAUUACAAAUGGAUCAGUCUGUUGCCUGCUCAUCGAUUAUGAAAAAGAAAUAGUCAAUCUCUGUAAAAACUACUAAUUAUCGCCACUAGCCAUUCAACAAAGCGCCAUUUGCCAAAGUGCCAAAGUGCAAUUUAGAAUGCAAAACAAAAUAUAGUGUUGUCAGCACUUUAUCUUGCUUUGCUUUGAGUGUGAAGAACAGCUGGUACUGGGCCCAUUUUUUGGGUGUAUUUGCUAAAUAUUCUUGAUGAACGUGAUUAACUGAUUAUUAACUGAUUAUUAUUAUCUAUUAUCGAUCAGUUGGGUGUAAUUGAUUAAUAAUAACGAAAUUCCAACAGAUUUUCGUCACUGUGCAUCUUCUAAAGGUUACCCAUGCAGUGCAAUCAACAACAACAAAACAGUUUUAGUUGACUACACGUAAAACUACAGUUUUGGCUAUAGCCCAAUUCCUUGAAAAUUCAAAUUUCAGUAUAUUCAAGUGCGUGGCUACAGCAACAAUUACAACAUGCAGGAGCCCGCAGGAACAUGAGCAACUGCAGUUCGUGUUCUUGUAGUUAUAGUAUCAGCCAUUAUAUGAGUAUUGUUGCUCUGCAGAAGUUCACGUAUUUCAUUAGUUCAGCUGGAACUGAGUGUAGUUUUCUGUUGAAUUCUCAAUUGUUAAUUGAGAGAUGUGAUUCACAGCCGUUUGCUAUUGCGAACUGUAAAUAAAGCUAGAUUUCUGCAUA